UUAUAAAGACUUCAUGUUACAUUAAUAUUUUAACGUUUAAAUCAUUCUUAUUAUUAUUUUUAUUAUCAUAAAUAAUUAAAAGCAGAAGACGUUUAUAUUACAUAUUACAUCUGAACUCAUUUAAUUUUUUAACAGCGGACGAAGAUUCUGCUCUGUGAUUGGUUGAUACCGCAUCCAGUCACACUUCUCUGCGCUCCUAUUGGUGGAUUACCUCCACAUGUUUUCCUCUUGUGUGUGCUCGUUAUUCUUCACCCGGGCGGCUCGUGUGAGCGGGGCACGAGCCCGUAACCAGCCCCGCCCCGCAGAGACGCGCCAAAGUUAAUAUGAAGCCCCGCCCCUUCUGGCUCCGGUCUGACUCUCCGUUGACUGCUGCUGCUGGCUGUUUUACUGCUCUGUUAGUUUGCUCGUUUGUGUGUUUGAGUGUAUUUUGUAGUUUAAAUUGUUACUCUAAAAACUACAACCACGGCAUUACGUGGAGCAGCACGUGAGGGAAAACACGUGGACACAGACCAGCUGAUCGGUGUAUUGAUCUUGUCCUCUUCAGGUCCUUGUGAUGGACGAGUCUCUCUGCGGGGAGGAAUCGUCUGCCUCCUCGUGUCCGGCGGUGGCGGUCAGUGUGUGUGACUCCGCCCCCCUGCUGUGGCGCGUGGAGGACCUACGUUCAGUGCGGUCUCAGGGUCUGGUGGGGGCGCUGCUGGGCUCGCUGGCCCGCACACCGCGCCAGAACGCCCGACUGGGCCGACCGCUGCUGCUGCUACCAGAGGAGGAGAGGCUGCUGACCCACUGCCACGCCGCCGCCACACCUGAUAACCAGGAUGGCAAGGGGGCGGAGCUUGGUGUGCAGCAGUAUCAGGAGGAGCAGCAGAGGAGUUAUGAGGAGCAGAGUGUCCUCGCUCUGGAGGACAGGAAGUCAGCGAUGCGCCGAGCUAUGACAUCAAACACAGCGGGGGGCUUAGAUAAGGCCCUGAGCAGCUGCCUGACGGCGCUGGACCGCAGCUUCACCUUCCCUCGCUCGGCGAUGGUGGUCCAGCUGAGCACGGCGAGGGCGGGGCUUUCUCAUUGUCCCGAGGCCCGGGCCUUCCUGCGAGCCGUCCGGCCAAUCAAAGCGCAGGACGAGCUGCGCUGCGACACCAGCGCCAGGUACCAGGUGUUCAGAGACCUGAGGGGGCAGGGCUUCUACCUGACGUCGGCGGGGAAGUUUGGAGGGGACUUCCUGGUGUACCCAGGUGAUCCACUUCGUUUCCACGCUCACUUCAUCGCUGUCUGUCUCUCGGAGGAUGAGUCCGUCUGUCUGCUGGACGUCCUCGCGGUGGCUCGGCUAGGAUCCAACGUCAAGAAGACCGUCCUGCUCUGCUCACCAGGGACAGACGGCCGCGUCCUCUACACCUCGCUGCAGUGGAGUGGGAUGGUCUAGAUCUGAAGACCAGUAGAGGAGGUUGGUAGACCACCUGCUGGUCCCUGAUGGUCCCUGAUGGUCCUGGGUUUGACUCUCCGGGAUUGAAACUGUCAGAGAAACUGAAGUCUCAUCUGAACAGAACUAAAAAUGACUUGAAGACCCAGCCCAUAUUUACAGGAUCCAGUUCUGCUCUGUUCUCUGGACUAGCAGCUGGUUCUGGUUCUGAUCCAGUCCAGAUCCACACAGUCUGAGGUUCACAGUGUUCAGAAGUGUCAGAGAGAUCCAGUUCUUUCAGUCCUGGUCCUGCUGUUGGUUUUGUGUUGUGUUUGAAUGUGUUUAAAUAAAUAAUCAGACUUCCUGU